AUGGCCACAACAGAGACCCCCAAUUUCAACCCCACCUUUCAAUCCUCGCCAGAUCGAAUCUACUCGUACGCCGAAGCCUAUAUUCCUGCACUCACAGCACAAUGCCAUGCUUCAAACCUCCUCCUCCUCCCAGAUGGUGAUCUGCUGUGCGCUUGGUUCGGUGGCAGCAUAGAGGGCCAACCGGACAUCUGCAUAUACAUGUCUCGACUCCCCGCGGGAGAAAAUACUUGGACCACGGCAGUGAAGAUGACGAAGGACCACACGCGCAGCGAGCAAAAUCCUCUUCUGUUUCGCGUUCCUUCUACUGGAGAAAUUCGACUACUAUACACAUCUCAAGAUUCCGGAAAUCAAGACUCCGCUGUUGUAAAACAAUUGAUUUCUUUCGAUAAUACACGCACUUGGUCAGAUCCAAGCAUUUUGUUUGGUGAGCCUGGAACCUUCAUCCGACAGCCGAUCGUCAUACUCAAAAACGGGGCUUGGGUGGUCCCUAUCUUCAAAUGUCGUGUUGAGCCAGGUGAACGGUGGCUCGGGAGCGAUGACAUAUCAAGUAUACGUGUCUCCAAGGAUGAAGGACAUUCAUGGACGGAAAGGGAUGUACCAAACAGCUAUGGGUGCGUUCACAUGAACAUUCAGCAGCUGAGGAAUGGGUCGUACCUUGGAUUGUUUCGAAGCCGCUGGGCAGAUAAUGUGUAUCUGUCAAAAUCUACCGAUGGAUUGGAUUGGAGUGAGCCAGAAGCCACCAUUCUUCCCAAUCCUAACGCGGGAAUCUGCUUUGAUGUACUCCCAUCUGGUCGUAUUGUGCUUGUAUACAAUCAUUCUUCGAAGAAGGAUGCUCUUGGUCGACGCGACGGACUUUAUGACGAUAUCAACGAUGGCACAGAUACACGUGCUAACCAGACGAGCAAACAUGGCAAGGAAGCAUUUUGGGGUGCUCCCCGCGCGCCACUGUCUGUUGCCUGGAGUGACGAUAAUGGGGCAAACUGGAAGUGGAAGACGCUCGAACGGGGUGAUGGUUACUGCCUGACCAACAACAGUGAAAAGAAACUGAAUCGCGAGCUAUCGUAUCCUAGCAUCUUGAUUCAAAAGGAUGGCACGAUUAAUAUUGCUUUUACGUUCUGGAGACAACGUAUCAAGUACAUUAGAAUAGGAGAAGACUUUUUCUUGUGA